GGGGCGUGGCCCGACGGCGGGUCCCCCCAGAACGGCGCGGGCGCUUGCACUUGGCCACUCUGAGACCCCUGCCGGAGAGUCUUUGAGUCCCCACUCCUAAACCAGCAGCUAGACAGGGACCCCAAGCGAACUCGGCAGACCAAUGUCAGUUCGGGAUUCUGACUGGUCCCUCCAACAGGACAGCCCUAUGUUCAGGGAGCCAGAUCCACCAGUCAACUCAGACAGUGACUCAGGCCACCAGCCAGUGGAGGGCUAUGAGGAAACCUCUGUUCAGGUUCCUCCAGGCUCAAGCUUGGGCCCGCCUUGCCUGGAUAUCAGCCAAGCCUCAAACUGGCCUGGGUUUCGGACCCUCCUUCAGCAGCUUCCUCCACAGGACAGUGAUGAGCGCUACUGUCUGGCCCUAGGGGAGGAGGAACUGGCCCAACUGCGACUCUUCUGUGCCCAGCGGAAGCAGAAAUCCCUAGGGCAGGGGGUGGCCCGCCUGCUACCUCCCAAGCUUGAAGGACACACCUGUGAGAAGUGCAAGAAGCUGCUGAAUCCAGGAGAGUAUGGGGUGUUUGCGGCCAGGGCCGGUGAGCGGUGCUGCUGGCACAGACCUUGUUUUGCUUGCCAGGCCUGUGGUCAGGCCCUGAUAAACCUCAUCUACUUUUACCACGAUGGGCAUCUCUACUGUGGCCGCCAUCAUGCAGAGCUGUUGCGACCUCGAUGUCCUGCUUGUGACCAGCUGAUCUUCUCUCAGCGCUGCACCGAGGCCGAGGGACGGCGCUGGCACGAGAACCACUUCUGCUGCCAAGACUGCGCCGGGCCUCUGGGUGCAGGACGUUAUGCCCUGCCCGGGGGCAGUCCCUGCUGCCCCAGCUGCUUCGCGAGCCGCUACCAGAGUGCAGGCUCUAGCUCAGGGGCACUGGAAGGGCAGGCGUCCCUUGGGGAAACAAGACCCGAUCCACGCAUCAGCUGGAACUGUGCCUCCUCGGAUGACAAAAUCACCUCCCGAGCUGCGCUUCCCUCUACAGUCGCCAGCCCCACCCUAGAAACCCCGAGCGGGGCGUCCAAAAGGCAGGACCGCCCACAGACGCCCAGAAACCCCAAAGAGGACAGCCCCUGCCCCACCUGCUCCUCUUCCUCUGAGUCGGAACCCGAAGGUUUUUUCUUCGGCCAGCGCCUUCCAGGUCCCUGGAAGACCCCGGAAAACCUCCAGGCAGAGGACAGAGACAUCUCCAGGAAGCACUGCACCAUUUGUUAGUGGCG